AUGGCUGGUUCGGGAGAGAUGUUCCGGUUCGUGUGGCUCUCCCACGAAGAGUAUACCACAACAGACCCGAUAGCACGCAUCGUCAUUCGUGAGAUAGGCACCAUGGACCCUCUUCAAGACGCAGUGAUACAAGCUGCCGAGACCAUCCAGACUGCCCACAUCAACAAGCAUCCAAACAUCAGACACGAUGCAGCACCAUCAACGGCAGCAGAUCGGAAGCAAGUGGUGGAAUUUGAUGACAACGCCGACAUGGACGAUGAUGUAGAUGAAGACGAGAUACCAGUCUCCAUGUUACGGCCCACACCACGACGACCACAGAUGCCUCCGUUACCCGAUCUUCGCUUCGAGCAGAGCUAUCUGGCUAGCAUCAAAGACACGGCGGGCUGGCAAGGUGUCGCGUAUAUCACCAUGCGAGAUCAGGUUCUGAUGCCACUGGUACAAGGACUAGCUUGGACACUCAUCCUUUCUGGCUGGCGACACUGGAACGCCGGCGCACAGUACUCUGGUCAGACGAUGGGUGCAAAGAUCAGACGGUGGUGGUGGGGUGUAAACAACUGGAAGCUACCUGCUGGUACGAAGCACAAUCUGCGAAGCGAGGAGAAAGCGCACGACGUCAAGGAGUUCUUCACGACCAAAUUCGCUUCUGCUGGAUCUGGCGAUGCCUGA